AUGAGGCUCCUGGUGCUUCUUGCUGCUCCUCUCUCCAUCCUCGUCCUCCACACUGCGGUGGCAGCCCCCCCGGCGGGCAGCAUGGCUCCGGGCCGGCUGGAGCGCUGGGUCCGCUCAGGCCUGCAGUCGCUGCAGUGGGACCAGCUGGACCGGUGCCUCCGCAUGUCCUCGCUGUCCGAGGCCGAAUGCAGGCGGCUCGCCCACCUGCCCCUGUCCGCUGUGGCUGUUUACAUGUCGGAGCCGUGCACAGCUGCAGGUAACUCAGACAAAGUUCUGGCCAUCCUGCCGGACUCCUCGGGUGGGAUGGUGAGCUCUAAACCACGGGGAGGUUUCAGCGUCAGCCACGUGCUGAAUGGAGGGGAAAGUCCACACAGACACCAGCAGCCUUUCCCAGGCUCCACGGCCCAUGAUGCAGUGCUGGUGCUGGAUCCAAGCCCCGGGGAGAACUUUGGGCACCCAGUGGUCCUCUUCUAUGUGGAUAUGAACGUGACGAAGAAGAGGUGCUCCCAUCUGGAUGGCAUUUACCUUGGUGAGGAGUGUUUGACUCUGGCUUUGAAGGGUCGUUGUCAGAACCAGCUGAAGCGUCGGCAAGCCGGGCCAGAGCGGCUUAUGGGCAAUGGACACGGUCGGCUGGCAGGUGGGGCGCUGCGCAGCAGCACCAUUACCACUAGCAGUGGUGGUCGUCUGGUGGAGCGGGCUGCCGGAGGGCUCUGUGAAGUCCACUUCCUUCCGCUGGUGGUCGGGGUCGGAGACAGCAACCGAACACAGAGACUGAGAUGUGUUGAUCAUGCAGAGUUUGCAAGUUGCCCUCAGCCUCUGCCAAUGGGUUCUCCCAGUUUGCCCGUCUCAAGCUGCGAGCUAAACAAAAACACCAGACGCUGCCACCAGCAGCCGUUGGCCACCCACCUCUCCUGCCGCCUCUACCAGACCUGUGACCAUGCUGUGCUCAUCUCAGGAGGCUGGCAGCAGCAGAUGACGUUCCAGCACCACGUCCAGAAUCUUCAGAAGUUCUACCGAAUGCUGCAGAACAACGGCUUCCAUAAAGAUCACAUCAAAACCUUCUUCGCCAGCAGUGGACAGCUUCCUGAGGAUGUAGAGGGCGUGUACUCGGCAACGGAGAAAUCGGUGAUUCGUAACCACGUGUCGUACGUCUGCAGGAAGCAGCACUGUGCCGACACGCUGGUUCUCUACCUGAACUCGCCAACACGCAACGACGGCACCAUGUUGCUGUGGGAUGCAAAUCUCAAUGGCAUUGCUGAUCUGAAGGAGCGAUACUCAGUCAAUGAGCUGCUGGCCGACCUGGCCGGCUGCAAGGCAACCCGCGUGUUGCUGUUUGUGGAUCAGAGCUACAGUGGCGUUCUGUCCAAGCGGCUGCGAGGGUCCCAGAAACACCUCAAUGUGGUUUUGAUCCAAAGCCAGACACGGCAGACCCACAACCACCCGAGGUUGAACCCAGGCUGGGAGGACAGCAGCUGGUCCCACAUCAGCUCUACGACCUGCCUGCUGGAUCACCUGGGAAAGGGGACUGGGAUGUCCCGCCUCCUGGAGCCAUGGGCCGGCCUUUUAAACGUGACGUUAGCAGGCGCCCCCUGCAACGCCACGCCGCCUCUGACGGAUGGUGAGAUGCGCCGAGAGUACCAGGGCUGCCAGAACCUGCCGACAGCACUCUGGCAUCAGAAACACAGGAGGACCAACUGA